UUUUAGCUUAUCAACUUGCGCUUAAUAUAAAAUAAAAGAUUCCUCAAAAUAUGAAACGCCAGACUGCAAUUCCACUCAGAGCCUCUGGGCGCCGCUGUCGGCCAGUGCAGAGCAGGCUCCAACGCCCGGCAUCCCUCAGUCUCUAGGCUGGAAUUUCCUGCGCAGAAACGAAUACACUCCAAAGGGAACUCGCGCUCAAAGAGACUAAGACACAGAUUCCCAGACCCAAACUGGGGUCCAGCUGUAAGGGGCCAGAUGCACCUCCGCCUCGGAAGACCGCACUCUAUCCUACUGUGAAGACCCGAAGACCUAGAGAGAACCCGAGCCAGCAAUGGGAGGGAGCUGCGCGCAGAGGCAGCGCCCCGGCCGCCCGCAGGUACUGUUUACCCUGCUGCUGCUGCUGCCUUUGUUCUGUCCCGCGCUGGGCCAACCGGUCCGCUACUCCAUCCCGGAGGAGCUGGACCGCGGCUCUGUGGUGGGGAACCUCGCCAAGGAUCUGGGGCUCAGUGUCCUGGAAGUCUCUGCAAGGAAGCUGCGGGUUAGCGCUGAGAAGCUGCACUUCAGUGUGGACGCGGAGAGCGGGGAUUUACUGGUGAAGGACCGCAUAGACCGCGAGCAGAUAUGCAAAGAGAGAAGAAAGUGUGAGUUGCAGUUGGAAGCAGUGCUGGAAAACCCCCUGAAUAUUUUUCAUGUCGUUGUGGAGAUUGAGGAUGUUAACGACCACGCUCCUCGAUUCCCAAAAGAUGAAAUAAACCUAGAAAUAAGCGAAUCCAUCAACCCAGGGAUGAGAACAAUUCUGGAGUCUGCGAAAGAUCCUGAUAUUGGUGUGAAUUCACUGAGCAAGUAUCACCUAAGUCCUAACGAGUAUUUCUCAUUGUUGGUGAAAGACAAUCCUGAUGGUGGCAAAUACCCAGAAUUAGAACUGCAAAAGACGCUGGACCGAGAAACCGAGAACACCCACCACCUGGUGCUGACUGCUGUAGAUGGUGGGGACCCGCCCCGAAGUGGUACUGCUCAGCUCCGAAUCCGAGUGGUAGAUGCCAACGAUAACCCCCCAGUGUUCAGCCAAGAUGUGUACAGAGUCCGCCUUCGGGAAGAUGUGCCUCCAGGCACGGCCGUCCUAAGGCUAAGAGCGACAGAUCAGGACGAAGGCAUCAAUGCGGAGUUCACAUACUCCUUCCUGGGUGUGGCUAACGAAGCUCAGCACGUGUUCUCGCUCGAUUCCCUAACUGGAGACAUCGUAACUCACCAGCCCUUGGAUUUUGAAGAAGUAGAAAAAUACACGAUUGAUGUAGAGGUAAAGGACAGAGGAUCUCUUUCUUCUCAGUGUAAAGUAAUUAUAGAAGUUCUAGAUGAGAACGACAACCACCCAGAAAUAAUCAUCACUUCCCUCUCUGAUCAGAUAUUGGAGGAUUCCCCUUCUGGAACGGUUGUGGCCCUCUUCAAAGUAAGGGAUCGAGACUCCGGGGAAAACGCACAAGUCACGUGCAGUUUAAGUGGAGACAGUCCGUUUAAGAUUCAUUCUUCUUCCAAUAAUUACUACAAGUUAGUGACAGAUAGCAUCCUAGACCGGGAACAGACCCCGGGGUACAACAUCACCAUCAUAGCCACAGAUAGAGGCAAGCCACCCCUUUCCUCCAGCAUAAUCAUAACUCUACACGUUGCUGACGUCAACGACAACGCACCUGUCUUCCAACAGCCCGCCUAUCUGGUAAACGUACCAGAAAACAACCAGCCCGGUACCUCCAUAGCCCAAGUCAAAGCACGGGAUCCAGAUCUUGGACUAAAUGGCCUCGUCUCCUACUCCAUCAUAGCCAGCGACCUAGAACCAAAGGCGCUGUCCUCCUACGUGUCGGUGAACCAGGACAGCGGAGUGGUGUUCGCUCAGCGCGCCUUCGACCACGAGCAGCUGCGCUCCUUCCAGCUGACUCUGCAG